UGCAACGUUCGGUGGCACGCAGACACCGAAAAAGUUAAUAGCAGCAGCAGCAAGCAAGCGAUCGUGGCAAAAAUUAAGUCAAUUUAAAGUUCAGUGUUCGAGACAAAGUAGCUUUGCUGUUAAAGAAAGCAAAAAAUAUUUGAAUCAAAAUACGCUGAUACUGCGGUGUUUAGAGCAAAAUUCACAAUUUUGAAGAAAAAAUUUAGAAAAACUACUUUUUGAAAUUUUUGAAAAAUAAAAUGUGUGAAUUCCGCAAAAAGUAAAAUAAAACAAAUAAGAAGUGAACUGUUGUUUGAGCGCGCGCGCAAAUUCAGAAAAAAAUUGAGCUUGUGUUUGAUUCGUUAAAUUUUCGUUUCGCACAAAAAACUAUUCUUGUUAGCACCAGGCGACUUCAACCAACAUUGGCGCAAUAUGAAUAUUCAUUUAUUUUGGUUACCGCUACUAUUAGCGCUGCUCUUUGUGCACACACCAGCCGAUGGCGCUAAGCAAGAAAAGUCGUUACAAAACGACGACAUAAAUGCAUCGCUAGCAACCCCCACUACCACCAGCGGCGAUACAAAAACAGUUUUGAAAGACAGCCUCACUGUCACUGCGAAUAGUGCCACAGCCAAAAUUACCGAGAAAGCCAGCUACCCGAAGAAAGUGCAUUCGCUAAAGAAGCGCCCUACAAAAACCCCAGCUUCCCAUAUUACGACGGCGUCAACACAAAAUUCGAAAAACAAGCGCAAGAAAGUGACGGCUGAUGUGACGGCCGCAUUCAAGGAUCUGCCCGCUGACGAUCUGGAGUUCAUCAAGGAGCUGGACAAACAAUUUCAACUGCACGGUGAGAAGAUCAAAAUUAAAGUGGAACACGACAAUAGCACCGGCGAAGAGAAGCAAACCAGCAAACGCACCAUUGACGGCGAGUUAGGCUAUGGCGCUUACCCUGCGCACAACGGUUACGAGUACGAGCGUCCCAAGUUUAUGUUCUAUCCCUACUCGCAGCACAACAUUCCAGCCGAUGCGCCCGGCUACUACCCACCCAAAACUGAUGUAAGCAUCGAGCCAUCCUACUCGUAUGAGCUACAACCGCAGAGCUACACAAAGGAGCCGCAGCCGGAGCUGGAGCACAGCGUGCAACAGCCACCAAAAGUGGUCGAUGUGCCACAGUAUGCACAUCAAGCGGUGGCCCAUCAAGGGCAGAAUGGCGCUUACGAAGAGCCGGUUAUUGUUUUGCGCAUACCAGGCCCCACUAAGUACGCCUCCCAUCUGCAGACGCUGCUGCAGCAAUAUUUGGAGAUACGUGCGGCACAAUAUCUACGCAUACUGGAGGAAGCCGAGCACCAUAAGCAACAGGCACAACUACAACCGCUUGGACAGCACCAUCAAGAACACCAAUUGUUGCAGCAUCAGCAGCAACAACAACAACAGCACGAACAACAUGCGCACGUAUAUGAACAGCAAGUACAGCAACAGCACGCGGUGGUCGCACCAGCGCAAGCGUACGCUGAGCCAACGCUCAAGUUACUGCCGCCAACGCAUGCACAGCACACCGCGCCACAGCCCGCGGCUGAGGAGGAACACGGCUACACGGAUGAAGUGACGUACGCACAUCAGUUGGCGCCGACGCCACAAUCGGUUGCAUAUCCCGAAAUCGAUGAUGUCUAUCAAGGCUACAAAGGCAAGCUGCAGGCACACCAAGUUGCCAUUCAACAACAGCAACAGCAACACGUGGCAUAUGCGCCCCAGCAGCAAGCGCAAGAAGAAGCGGAGCAUCCACAGCAGUUGCAACACGAGCAGCGGUACUUUGUGCACGCCGCACAGCAGCCAGCGGUGCAACAGUACUAUUACACGCCUGAAGCACAAUAUGACGGGCACGGCGGUGUUCACUACCAGAACGUAUACUUUAUGGCCAUAGCACCACAGGGCGCCUACAAUGCGCAUGCCGCGCACGCCACUACUUUACAACACCAGCCCAUCUAUGUGCAAGAGGAGGAACAGGAGCUGCAACAGCACCAGCACCAGCAUCAGCCCGAACAGUCACAACAGCAGCUGCAUCUCCAGGAGCAGGAGCAGGAGCGGCAACAUGAGCAACAGCACGAGUUGGCUGCCGCUCAUGACGCUCAUGCCGCUGCCGCACUGAACGAGAACAGUCCGCGUCAAACGCACACCAAAGUCAUAUACACACAUAACAGCGAGAAGGGCGCUGCGGAUUAUGCCGCUGGGUAUGCACUGCCAUCGAUACGGCCAUUUGAGCGUCAUGCCGGCACGUCUGCCACAGCGUACCACCACCAACAACAACUGCAAGCGCAACUGCUGCACGAGGAACAGCACGAGCAAUUGGAACAACAACAACAUGAGCCGCAAAUCGAUUACGACACGCCGCCGACACAUGCCGCCCCCGAGCAUGAACAAUCGGCCGCCAUCUCGCCGCGUCCAUUCAACUAUCAUGCGCACAGCGCGAAGGCGGCGCGACGGGGUAAUCGCAAGCGUGGUGCUAGAACGCCAACAACCAUCGCCACGCCAACGCUCGCGCAGGUGGAUGAGCAUUUGCAGAAGAUACGCGAAUACGUGCGCGACAAUUUGGGUGCACAAAUGAGCACAGCAGUGGAGUUCAAAACGACGGCGUUGGUGCGGAGUUAGGCGACGCGACGCGGCAGCGCGGCGAGGAUUGAAAAGGCGCUUAGGUGUAUAAUGUUUUAAUGUGGUGCGCGCGCCUUGAAGUAUGCUACGAAAUGUAAAGGCACCAAAAGCAAAUGCAAGCGGCACUUAAUAAUUAAAUUGAUUUUUUUUUACUUUUGCGUG